AUGGCAGAGAGCACUCUUCAAGACAGACUGCGUGAGCAUGCAGAGGCAUUCGAUGGAUUGCUAUCCUUGAUUCCAGCGAAAUACUACUAUGCCGAAGAUACCAGUGAUCAAUGGAAAAAGAAGAAGCAAACUAAGCAACAAGCUGCUGCUGCAAGACGCGCAAAGCUUGAUCCAGAUUCUGCAAAGACCGCAAAGGAUGUCAUGGAUGAAAGAGCAAAGAAGAGAAAAUUGGAAGAGUCUGAAGAUGUGGAGGAGGGUUCCGAAGUCGAGGGUAUUGAGAAAGAACUACCAAAACAAGGAUUGAAAAAGGCCAGCGAGAAGCCAGCAAAGAAGCUGAAGACUGAUGCUGAAUCCGCAAAAGAGACAUCUAAAUCUGCGACACCAAAAGACUCUACAUCCAAGAAAGGUUUGACACCAGAAGAAGAGGCGGCAAAAUUGGAAAAGAGAAACCAGAAAGAGGAACAGAAGAAGGCAAAGGCAGCCAAGAAGUCAGCUAAACAAAAGGCAAAGAGGGAGGAAGCUGCCAAACAAGUCGUCGAAUUACCAACCGAAGACACUCCUGCUAGUGAGUCGACUACAAAAGAUGAUGUGGCUGAAGAAGUGACCAAGGACACUGCCACUGACAAGACCCCUACCAAAAAGACAAUCGAGCAUGAAAUUGCAGCCGAUGAGGAACCAGAGCAUGAUCAAGAAAUUGGUCAUUUCGAAGCUGAAGGUCUAGAGGAGCCUGAAUCUACCAAAUCAUCGCCGCCCUCAUCUACUUUCUCCGCAACAAACGAGGACAAUGCCAGUGGAGGUACAUCUACAUCCUCUACUAUCCCUCCUACCGCCCCUCCUAAGCACAUUACCAUUCCAGCCGACUCCGAAGCUCUCCGUUCUAGAUUAGCAGCUCGCAUCGAAGCCCUACGAGCUCAACGUAAGGCAAACAAUCCCGAUGGUACCCCCGUUCGCAAUCGCCAAGAACUCAUGGACCAACGUCGCAGAAAGGAAGAGCAACGCAAAGCCCACAAAAAAGAACUCCGACUCCAAGCCAAGAUUGACGAAGAGGCUAGGCGAGAAGCCGCUUUGGUAUCAGCACGAAGUAGUCCAGCAGGAAGCUUGCUCAGCCCUCUAAUUCGCUCACCCGAAAACAAUUUUGCUUUCGGUAGAGUCGCAUUCGCUGAUGGACAAAGUCUCAAUGAAGAUUUGACCGCACUCAAAUCCAUACCAAAAAAGAAGGGUCCACAAGAUGCCAAUAGUGCACUUGCCGCAGCAGCCAAGAAACAAUCUCGUCUAGAAGCCAUGGAUCCCGAAAAACGUCAAGACAUCGAAGAGAAAGAACGUUGGUUGAUUGCAAAAAAGCGCGUAAAUGGUGAGAAAGUUCGAGACGAUAGUUCGUUACUGAAGAAAACCCUUAAGAGAAAGGAGGCCGCGAAGAAGAAGAGUGAAAAGGAAUGGGGUGACAGGAUGGAUGGUGUCAAGAAGGCAACUCAUAUGAAACAAAAGAAGAGAGAGGAGAAUCUCAAGGCUAGGAGGGAUGGAAAGGGUGGAAAGGGAAAGAAGGGCGGAAAGGGUGGAAAGCCAGCUGGUGGUGCAAAGAAGAAGAGUAGGCCGGGAUUUGAGGGUAGUUUUGGAGGUGGAGGAAAGAAAAAAUAA